CCGUGAAUUCAGGCCGCCAUAUUGAUGAUCUGAAAGAUUCAUUGCGCAAACACAACAUUACAGAUUUUAGAGUGUUCCGAAGCCAAGAUGAGCUUCCUAUUGUAAGUUGUGCCCUUCCUUUGAUCAUUUAUAAAGGAUUAAGCUACAUUUUAACAGAUACUACUCAAUUUAUUUCAUAGCAGCGGCGGUUCGACCACCGACUACCGAGUUGACGGAAAGUAGUAUGCUCAAGUCAAAGUGUAAUUUUCCUUUAUUUUUUCUUUCUCUUUCAGCGGCGGCCGUUCUACGAAGACUUUCAAACCCAAGAAGAACAUUCCAGAAGGAACACAUCAGUAUGAUUUGAUGAAACAAGCGGCAGCCACUCUUGGUAGCGGUAACUUACGAUUGGCGGUCAUGCUCCCCGAGGGAGAAGAUUUGAACGAAUGGGUCGCUGUAAAUAGUACGUUUGAACGCCGUCAUUCCUCUAUAAAGCAAAUCUUCUUGUUGUUCCAGUUUUUAUAAGGACAUAAGUUACAACUGGGAAAUUUUGUGAACGACCAAUACCACUGGAGUACUCGUUCAACAGAAUUUGUUGAUAUGGUCACUUAAGCUUACUUUAAACUUCUUUAAGUUUAAAUGAGAGAGGAUGAUAGUAUACUUUCAUUUUACAGGUCAUUACGUAGAACUCGAGCAAUUAUCCUUCAUUAAGUCUGACUUUGUGAGGGUAUCGAGGUCUGCAUUGACUAAUUUUUAUUUCAUUUAUUUAUUUUUUCACGAACGUUCUAUCAACUUUAGACAGAACAUAAUGGAGUUGACCUUGACACUGUUUAUAAAAAGAGAAUUAAGUUUAAAUAUUCAGUCUUUGUUCUUCUUUUCAGCUGUGGACUUCUUUAAUCAAAUCAACAUGUUGUACGGUACAAUAACAGAGUUCUGCUCAGCAGAGUCAUGUCCUGUCAUGUCUGCCGGCCCAAAGUAAGUAAACCUUCUAUAAGGUUAGAGUAAAUGGGUUCUACAGUGCUGUUCUGAGUUGUAUUGUGCCCUAAUUAAAUAUUGUAGGAAUAAUUUUAUGGCUUCAAAGUACUCUGGUUCCUCACAAAUAUACCUUUUAAUUAGUGAUCCCUUCCAAAACUAGCAGUUUCCAUUGGAAAGUGAAGUGCUGCGAGUAAAGCUUAUUACAUUUGACAUAGUUUGAAUAAGUUUUUACCUAGCAGUAGCCGUUGGCUAGGAAGUGCGGGCGAAACUGCUUUCAUAUGUGGGUGAAUUUCUUUCACUGCAGGUCACAUUCGCUUCUUAACACGUUUGGCUACAAAACCAUGUCUCAGGUUUUGUCAAGUGCGUUUGUUUUUUUUUUUUAUGAGCAGUUGAAGUUAGGGAUAGCAAAUCAUUAGCGCUACCUGUGAAAAAAUACUCUAACUUGCAAACGAGUUGGUGGCAUAUUACAUGUGACGAGAUUAUGACAGAUUAUAACACGAAAGCUGUCAAUGUAGUUGCAUACCAGAAAAGGGACAACAAUAGUGAUACAGCAGGAAAAGGUUGCAAACAAAACUCAACAACAGAGAAACAAAUAAGUUAUUUCAAAGGCUCUGCUCUGUUCAAUCCUUUCUGUUGUCCAGAAAGUAUCGUUAUUUAUUUGCGACAGGCAGUUUUUAUUUUCGCAAAGGACAAGGCAAGUUGAGCCAAGCCCACUUUUGCUCGAUAUAUUUUCUAAAAGUUCGACACUUCCCUUGCAAAAUUGACAACAUACUGCUUACUGGAGUUUUUCUUGAAGCUUCUCUCCCGCUACAGUAGACUUCCGAAAAAGUCCUUCAUCCAAUAAUUUUUAUAUGACGUGGGACCUCUGAUUGCGACUUCUUCACUCACUUGGCGGCUUUGCAGCCUAGAAAGCUUGCUGUACUUGCUAAGAAACUCAUGAAACUUGAUUCUGUGGUAGUUUCAAUGGGUUUUUCAGAAGCUUUGUCAUCUUUUCACCUUUUUUCUUGAUUGUAGUGGGAGCCCUUGUUGCUCUCCGCUAAUUUCGAAGCCCUCUCUUUGCAAAACGAUUUUGUUGUCUUUUGUCUUGGAGUCGAGGACAAAAACAGACAUUGAAGAGCUUUUUUUUUCUUUUUUGGAGGCAUUCACUUCCAAAAUCCAGGGAAAAACAGAAAAUAAAAUUUUUUGUCUCCUCUCAGUUCAAUAGCAGUUUGUGCAUUUAAAUUGUGUGCUCUCCAAAUAAGUUCAUUAUAUUUCUCGCCUCCAAACUUGAGACUUGAUUCUCAGACUUGACCAGUGACUAGACAGAUUGCAUUGAAAGACUAUCAUUUUGAAGCUGAAGAGUUGCAUUAAUAGUAUUUUAAGAAUGCACUGGUCCCCUUAAAGUAAGUCUGAAGACAUUUCUGGUUUGUCCAGCUAGAGUGGUACUCCAGUUGGACAUAUGUCCGUUUGCAGCUGGCUCUGGUGUCUCUGUCCCUUGUUGAAUUUUUUUGCUGGAUCUUGUAAGUUCUUUCCCUUUUUGUACUUAAGGAUGGUGCCCACUAUUGUUACUGCGCACAUUUUCUGUGCAUGCCAAGGUAGUCACGCGCGACGCGAAAGAAAUGCGCAACACGCAGGACACACGGACUGGUUUUGUCUGCUGUAACUCUGGGAGGUUCUAGUUAUUUCUUGUGGAAAUGAGAUGCGUCGUUUUUUGAAAGAUGAAAAAUAAUUUAUAUUUACCUUGUCAGUUCUUUGAAAACUGAAGAAGUAUGCGCAUGUUGCUAUUUCUGCUGUAUGAUCGAUCUGACCGAACAUUUUAUAGUCAAGCAAAAGCCAAUUCUAAAACAUCAAAAGUUAUUGCUUCGAGAUGUUACGCUUGGAGCUUGGGUUUUAAAAAAUCCCUUAACGGGCAAGGAUCAGUAAAUCAGAAGGAAAAUAGCUCUAAGUCCUCUGCUAAAUUGAGAAACUGCAAGCUUACCUUUCACUUGCGUCCUUCGUGUUUUAUCGGCUAAUCGGCUAUAAACACUUUCCUGAAUAUUUCUUUAAUUUUGUAAGAUUUCAUGAAAUUAUUCACGGGAAGAUAGAUUUAAAGCGUUCGAGUACAUACAGAUGUCUUUUUUAUUGAGAGUCCGACGCUUUUAUUUGUUGAACAAACAAGAAAAAAACUAUCACAAGAUUGCUUGGAUUGCUGAAAUCGCAGCCUCACAAAUAGUUGCGGACCGCAAAGGAAACACUUUCAUCGUGGAAAAAAUCGUAAAAAAUUGUUAUGCUGUUUACUAUUAUCAUUGUUAUUUAAGCAUUUUGGCAUUACUAAGCAUUGAAAUUAUUGACUCAUUGGGCAGUUUGUUGUGUAGAUAGUGAUUUCUUAAGGUUCAAUUUCACUCCACACAUAAUCUGAACAUUUAGACAUAGCUGCCAUUUGGCUGUUUACAAACUAAAGAUGGAAGGUGAAAUAAAGUAUUUUCAUUCUAAGAAAACUGACUGGGGAGGGGAUGGGAGAAAUUGUAAAUAACCUCCAAAGCGAUUAAGUUAAGGUGAAAACCAACCAAUUUAACUUCUAAAAACGCGUGGUAACCCCUACUUUUUAUCUUACCAAAUGAAAGUAAAUAAAUAAGCCUACUCAGCAAACGAUCAAUUUUUCAGGGUUUGAGCUAGGAUUUGAUCACUGGGGGACAAUUUGUCCCCUUGGCUAAAAUUUUGGGGGACAUUUUCAGUUUUAGGGGGACAGAAAUUUGUACACCCUUCUGCUGAUACAAAGGGGUUUGUCUUCUUAGAUUUCCGACAAAAAUAGCAGAACAUGGCCUCCUUUUCAUAGCGCAACCACGUGUGAUCUCGUGAUUUUUUUCGGUUUCCUUCGAUUCUCAUCCGUUUCUUCCUGAUUAAUACACUGUUCUUCUUCUGUAUCAUUUUUCUCUGAUUCACUCUGGCUUUGAUUUGGAGCGAAAAAGCUUCCUAAUGUUCGAACACGUUUUCGAUGUGACAUGUUAACGAUUGCCAGGCGCAUUCACCAUGCUUGGUUGAGCAUGAGACGUACGUGUCCAGUAGAGCGUGACUGAAACGCGACUUAAGAAUGAACUUUAAAGGAGCUGUGUCACGAAAUUCAGCCAAAUUAGGAAAUUACAAAAUAAAUGCCUGUUAAAUUAAGAGAAACAUAAAAUAACCGCUGAAAACCGUGCAGCCUAACAGUUUUUCAAAGUUGAUCCCUGCUGCUUCAAAAAUAAUGCUCAGGAGACAUAUUUGUUUGUUUCGGAUCUAUGAUUUUGUCAUUUACAUGUAAUUUCUCUGCUUACUUUGAGUUCCACAGCGAUUGAGGGCGAGUAAUUGGCAAAAUUAAACAAAAUGAACAGAAUUGCCGUGACACAGCCCCUUUAAACGUGCGAUAAAAUAUACUUUCCAUGUUCUGUUUUAGCUUGAAAUUUCUGUACUGAAAUAAAUCUCUUCAUGUGUGCUUCCUUUCAAGUUUUUUUCCCUAAAUUUUGAAGGGGACAAAUUGUCCGCUUGGCCGUUUUUUUAAGGGACAAUUUCAAUUGCAGUGCGGGAUUGGCGCAAUGGCGCAGCCUGGCUCAAACCCUGAUUUUUGGUUCGGGGAAAAUGUCGUUUACGCUAUUUUUUAUAAGGCAAACGCGUGGAGAGGGGUAACUGCUGAUGACUUCCCAGUUGUGCUGAUAUUUCAAAAAAAGACGUAUAAAGAGCAGUUGUUAUGUUAUCAUUUGUUGCUGAAUUUGAAACCUUGUUACAUUCAUCAUUGCAUUUGUGCCAGUUCACAUGUACACUCUGAAAUGUGGGGAAAAAAUAACUUUUUUAUCAUUUUUCUGAAAAAUGCCUAUUCAGCGUUUUUCUCAAUAUUGAAGUGCAGUUAUCUCUGAAAAAUGCGUGGUUACCCCCAGUUUUCUUUUUGGAUUUCAAUAGCCCCUGAUAUGAUCUACUUGUCUCACAUAGUCAUUAUCUGGGAAAAAAUACUUCCCUGUUGUGGGCACCGUCCCUAAGUGGUUGGCUUUUAGUAGAGCUCUUCAGCUAUUCAUGACAUUACCAUUACAUUACCAUGAAAAUGUAACACCAUGAAGUGAAGCUCAGAUCUCAUUGGCAUGUUGCUGGCUAUAGUAAACUUACAGAGGGGAACAUUAGGGGGUACCCAAUACUGUAAGAAAAACUGUCAAAUACUGAAAUACUGUGUAGAAAAUCAACAAAAUUGGGUUAACUCAUUUAUGAUUGGUAACUUAAAAAGCAUGUGCACCAGAAAUCAACCCCAGCUAAUGUGAGAAAACGUGAGAAGACCUCAAAUUUAUUGGUAUACAGGUUGGAAAGUCCGAUCGUUGGAUGCAUCAACAAUCCCAUAAACUGUCAGAAAUUGUGUGAUCAUUCACUGUGUUAACUAAAGAUUUGAAAAUAUAAACCUUUAUUGACUGAUAUAGCUUACUGUGAAAUUGUGUUGCACAUUGCAUUGACCUGUUUUAGACAAGUGAGUGCAAAUUAAAUUUGUUAGCCAAAAGGAUGAAAAACUGUCUACCACAGGGCUAGGUGUUACCUCAAUACUGCACAUAAAAAUUGAAUUUACCAAAAUAUCACUUGAAGAAAAGCUCAAUACCACAAUACUGUAAACCCCAAUGUCCCCCUCCUUACAAAAUGGAAUGGUAGAGGAUAGAAAAUGGCAAAGCCUUGGGUGACAAGUCUGACUAUAUUUAUGUUUGUCAAAAAUUUCAACAGAUUUUUUCUGUAAAAGAACAGAACACGGCAAUGUUAAGUGAAUAUUGUGACAAAACAUGCAAGUGACACACAAACUUUUUGCCGUCCUUUUUUUGCUGCCCUGUAGUGCUAGUGUAAGCUCACUAAAAACAAUUGUAGAAAAAUGAAAAUGAAAGUUGCUUACAGGUGUUGAUUUUUCUUUUCGCACCUAUACUUGCCUCUUUUGCCUUACAUUAGACUUUAUCUCCCACUUCAUAUUGUGAUAUUCAGUAAUGUCACCUUACAGUGUAAUCUUGGAGUGGUUUUACUCAACCGAUAAAAUAGGUAGUAGGAUACUAUGCACUAUUAUGCACUAAUUCCAUCAUCUUCUUUUGUUUACUUCUCACUAUUUUGCAAUCUUUGUUAGUAUCUUUUUCACAGUUUAAGUAAAAUCACCCUAAUGGAAGUGGUCUGUUAAAAAGUGUCUUUAAUUUUAGUUUUAUGUUAUUAAGAGUCAGCUGAAAUUCAUAUAUUUUUUUUCUGUUAGGUAUGAAUACCAUUGGGCAGAUGGGACAACAAUCAAAAAGCCUAUAAAAUGCUCUGCACCAAAAUACAUUGAUUAUCUAAUGACAUGGGUCCAAGAUCAACUGGAUGAUGAGACUCUUUUCCCAUCAAAAAUAGGUGAGCUUUGCUGAUGUAUUUCUGGGUAGUUUUUGCAGUAAAUAAGAGAAAAAAAAGGUAUACCUAGAGUUUGGCUUCAUCCCAUCACAGGGUGAAAAUAAUUUUCUGUUAGGAUAAUUUGAUGGUUUUUAUGGCAGCAAUGUGGCCAAGUGCAUAUAAAAAUCGAAAUCGAUUAAAAAAUCUUCAGUAAUCAAGUGAUUUUUAUAUUGUUAAUGGAAAACAAUGAAAAUCUAUCCAGGGAAAUCUUUAUAUUAUUUGACACAGCAAUUUAGUUUAUCGAUUUUCACCGAUUUCCGUUAUCAAUCGAUAAAAAUCACUUGAUUGCUACCAAUUUUUAUUGAUUGACUACGCCGGGACACCUUGCAUUAUCAAUAAUGUUAAAACUCUAAAAUUAUUAAGGUGUACAUGUCUUUCCCUUUUGAAUAUUUCAGGUGUUCCAUUUCCAAAGAAUUUCCUGUCUAUUGCCAAGACAAUCCUCAAACGACUGUUUAGAGUGUAUGCCCACAUAUACCAUCAACAUUUCCUGCAUAUAGUUGGCCUUGGAGAGGAAGCACACCUCAACACAUCUUUCAAACACUUUAUGUUUUUUGUUCAAGAGUUCAGCUUAGUUGACAAAAGGGAGCUUGCUCCUCUUCAGGAACUUAUAGAAAAGCUCACAAACAAGGAUAAAGUAUAACUCUGCCUU